CAAAGCGGCUCUUCCGGUGGAGACGUGGCUCUGCUGCUGCCAUAUUGACGCUAGCUAACUAACAAUCAGUACACUAGUCCGUCGUAUCGCGUCUCACCAUUCCACAGUGACAAAAACCAACCAGGACACGACGCAGUAGAAACUGAAGACCGUCGAACAGAGAAAAGAGAGAGAAUAUGGUGCUGUUGGCAGCGGCGGUGUGCACCAAGGCCGGUAAGGCCAUUGUGUCACGGCAGUUUGUUGAAAUGACCCGGACGCGAAUUGAGGGUCUUCUAGCUGCAUUCCCUAAACUGAUGAACACAGGCAAACAGCACACCUUUGUGGAAACAGACAGCGUUCGUUAUGUGUACCAGCCGCUGGAGAAACUCUACAUGGUCCUCAUCACCACCAAGAACAGCAACAUUUUGGAGGACCUCGAGACCCUCAGACUUUUUUCCCGUGUGAUCCCAGAGUACUGUCGAGUUCUGGAGGAGAGUGAAAUUUCAGAGCACUGUUUCGACCUUAUCUUCGCCUUUGAUGAGAUCGUAGCGCUCGGCUACAGGGAAAACGUCAACCUGGCUCAGAUUCGCACCUUCACAGAGAUGGACUCGCACGAGGAGAAGGUUUUCAGGGCUGUCAGAGAGACCCAGGAACGCGAGGCCAAGGCUGAGAUGAGAAGGAAGGCCAAGGAGCUGCAGCAGGCCAGGAGGGAUGCUGAGCGCUCUGGAAAGAAGGUGCCUGCUUUUGGUGGUUUUGGCAGCGCAGGAAUGAGCAGCAUGUCCUCAGGCUCUGUCAUCACAGACACCAUCGUAGAGCCUGAGAAACCCAAGAUCACCCCCACUCCAGUCAGAUCAAGUGGACCAAGCAGGGCUCUGAAACUGGGGGCUAAAGGGAAAGAAGUAGACAACUUUGUUGACCAACUCAAGUCUGAGGGUGAAACUAUCAUUCCAACUACAGGAAAGAGAGGCUCGGAUGUGUCUAAAGUUCUGCCACCACCAGUCAACGUGGAGAGCGUACACCUGCGUGUGGAGGAGAAGAUCUCGCUGACCUGUGGCCGUGACGGUGGCCUGCAGAACAUGGAGAUUCUUGGCAUGGUGACGCUCCGAGUUACUGAUGAGAAAAACGGACGCAUCCGCCUCGUCGUCAACAAUAAUGACAACAAAGGAUUACAGCUGCAGACACAUCCCAACGUGGACAAGAAGUUUUUCACAGCUGACUCAGUGAUCGGUCUGAAGAACCCAGAGAAGUCCUUCCCUCUCAAUAAUGAUGUUGGUGUGCUGAAGUGGAGGCUGCAGACCUCAGACGAGACCCUCAUACCCCUAACUAUAAACUGCUGGCCUUCAGAGAGCGCCACUGGCUGUGACGUCAACAUCGAGUACGAGCUGCAGAAGGACAGCCUCGAGCUGAACGACGUCGUCAUCAGCAUCCCCAUACCAUCUGGUGUGGGAGCUCCUGUCAUCGGUGAUCUGGACGGGGAGUACAAACACGACAGCCGGAGGAACAUCCUGGAGUGGUGCCUUCCUGUCAUUGAUGCCAACAACAAAACUGGCAGCUUGGAGUUCAGCAUCGCUGGGCAGCCCAAUGACUUCUUCCCCAUCAGCGUGUGCUUCGUGUCCAAGCGCAACUACUGUGACAUUCAGGUGACCAAAGUGACUCACGUAGACGGUGACAGCCCCGUUAAAUUCUCUACAGAAACCUCCUUUGUCGUCGACAAAUACGUCAUUGAGUAGAAAUUGAAAAAUCACAAAAAGAAAAAAGAAAAAUCACACAACGCCCAAAUCUAUGCUACGGAGAAGAUUGAAGAUUUCUGCCUGCCGCUGCCCCUGUUUACUAUUUUCGACUGUCCAUGGUCAGGACUGUGUGCCUCUGGCCAAGCCUCCUCCCCUGGUGGAGAAGAGCAGCGGUGGUGUAUUUAUGUUUGUAUCAGAGGAUCAGAUAUAUACAUAUAUGUAUAAAAGAUGUAAUUUGAACAUGAAUCAAACAGAUGUAGAGAAAUGACAGCUCCACUGCAGAAAGUAGAGGAUGACUGCGGGGGUGAAGGAGGGACCAUCACUAAAGCCCUGCAGCAGGUAGAGAGGAGCAGGACCUGAGACCUGGGUCUGCAGCAGAACCAGCACAGGUAGAUCUUUGUUCUGUCAUGUCUAACUGUAGAGCUGUGUGUCUUCACUUAGGCUUUUAUUAUCUUUUUCUUCAGUCAGAAAACAAAACGUGUCUGUCUGUUCUGGAUCUUUGUUUUCAAAGCAGUUUUCUCUGGUUCUUUGCUUUUUAAUGAAUGAAUAAUUAAUCGUCUGCAUGUUGAAGGUGAGUGAAGUGCAGGAUUUGUCAGGGAUUCAGCUGCAGGACAAACCCACCAGUAAAAUCAUCUGUUCAAGUUUUAUGUUUUGUUUUUGUGUUGUUGGGGAACACCAUUAAACCACUCCCCUCUUUGACUCGACUUCAUUUCAGUCUAAAUGGUAAAGGUAGAAAAUAAAAGAGCUUCAGCAGGGUGGGAGUCGGUCAGCUGGGGGUCUUCAGUAAACAUCCACACAGUCAUCCUUUACUUACAGCGUCCCAGAGCAUCAUUACUCUAAAACAUUAUUUUCUUUUUGUUUUCUCCAAGUUUCAAUGAAUAUGUGGACGUGGGGUCAGAAAUGACUUUUUGUUUUGUUUUUUUAAGCAAAAUAAUUAAAGGAGUCUUCACAUUCCACUGUACAACAUGGGGGGUGGGCUGGGGGAGGACAACUUUAAUGGAAUAAAAUGUAUUAUUGGAAA